AUGCAUCACGAUUCUCUUUACCGACGGACGACCGGCUUCCACGGAGAUCUCGCCUUCAACAUCAACGUCAGUGACGACGACCCUCCUAACUGGGCCAAGCGCGGCGUCGCCUUCACGAACUAUUGGUCAAGCUGGAGAACGAGUCGCUCAGUCGAGAGCCUCCAGUUCGCACAGCUGCCGUACGAUGAUGUGGAGGAUUCUGGCAUGACUGGAGGCAAGAAAGACGUUGAACUCGCGGGUCUGCCCCAGUUGUUCAAGGCUAAGGGGUACGAAUCUUUCUUCACGACUGGAUGCCAGACGGAGUAUGACGACUGGAACUCGUUCCUCCCAGCUCACGGAUUCGAUACGGUCUGGAGUCGAGACGAGAUGAUGAAAAUCGCUGAGAGCGACCUGAAUAUUUCCUCCGAUGACUGGUAUGGCGAGCAGCAGUGA